AUGCCUGACGACACCGAGCAAACUGAUCCCACCGUGAAGACACCGUUGCCCCCAGCUGACUACCCCAACUGUGCCAGCAACUGUGGCGAUGACAAUGGCGUCUGCAUUCCUCUCCCUCAGAAGCUAGACCUGAACGAGAAUAAGAGCAAUCAUUGCAUCAAGACACCCGAUGGAGAAUGCAUCCCGUUGUAUUAUCCCGAUUCUCCCGCCCCACUUCCCCCGGACACUUCUCCCACAGUAGGACUGGAAAAGGCUCGCAAAUUGCUAGCAGAAUGGCUUGGGACAUGUCUGCUAGUCAUGGUGGUAGUGGCGUCGGGGAUCACAGCCGAGCAAUUGAGUGACGAUGUCGGUGUCCAACUUUUGAUCAAUAGUGCUGCAACCGUGGCGGGUCUCUAUGGUCUCAUUACCAUUUUGGGACCAGUCAGUGGCGCUCAUUUCAAUCCCUGUGUCAGUCUGGUCGAUACUCUCUUUCGUGACAUGUCUCUGGCCGACUUGAUCCUCUACACGGUCUGUCAAAUUGGGGGAGGCAUUGCGGGCAGCAUUGUGGCCAACAGCAUGUAUGAUCACGUUGAUAUCUUUGCCAUAUCCACCAAGGAACGAUACGGAUAUCAUUUGUGGGUGUCAGAAAUCAUUGCCACCUGUACCUUGCUGUUGGCGAUUCAUGGUUGCAUCCGAACAGGCAACGAACAAUCUGUCCCCGCUGUGGUCAGCAUGUGGGUGGGGGGUGGAUACUUUUUUACGUCCUCGUCCAUUUUUGCCAAUCCAGCCGUCACCAUUGGACGAAUCUUUACUGAAACCUUUGCCGGAAUUCAGCCACAAUCAGCAGCCGCCUACAUACCCUUUCAAUUGAUUGGGGCUUUGCUUGGAUUCAUCCUCGUCCAAGUCUUUUAUACAAAGCAGUCGUCGUCACCCCAUCAAGAUGAUGUUUUGUAUCAAAGAACGUGCAUGUUGGUCCAUCGUGACUUCUUUGAAAGGAAAACUUAUUAAUACAAUACCCCAUAGUAACAAGUGAUAGGUUUAUGAUGCAUGAACAGAGACAGGGCCAAGGUGCCUACGGUACGGUGAUUGAGCUACUUGUCGGUAU